UUUGUGACAAAAACGUGGAAAGUUCAAAAUAAAUCAGAUUUAAUUAAAAAUAUAUUAAUUUGCCAAUAUAUGCCAAAAUAUACUGCUACCUUUACCAAUAUUCUGUGAUAAUAACUAAUCAACUAACUAAAUUUCGAAUAACUGUGAUAAAUAUAUUCUAUUUAAGAUGUCUGAAUACGAAUCGGAAGAUCAAAAAAUAAGCAUGAAUGAUGUUAAAGUUAAUGAUCAUAUCAUUGCUGAGACAAAUAUGUACGGACCCGUCGAAGGUGUUGUAGUAGGUUAUGAUUCUGAAAAGUUUCGCUUUCGCUUAACCGAUGUAACCUAUCUGGAAAAUGGGGCCAGUGUUCCAGGCAUCCGUAACAUCCUCAAUCAUGACGUUACAAAUGUCACCAUUCUAAAAAGGGACACUAGUGAUGAUUCUUCGGAUCCAAACAGUGAGGAUGUCACAACUACCAAAGAUUAUGAAGAUAUUAAAAAUCUUGCUAAGUCCUACAAGCUAAUCAAUUCGUAUGAUAAAGUAUAUAGGAAUGCAAUCGAUGAUCUCAAAGAUAGGGAAUACAUAGGAUUCAUGGCUGAAGAUACCUACAUACGAAUAAAUUGCCUUCAUAUUAUUGCCUUUUGUACCUCACACAAUAUUUAUUUCUUUGACAUUUUGAGCUUGGGAAGUAUGCCAAAGGAGAUAAAGCAAAUUUUAGAGAAUCCUGAUGUAAAGAAGAUUACAUGUGAAACCCACACUUUAGCUGAUAGUCUUUUUUGUCAUUAUAAAGUUGAUCUUAAGGGCAUUUUUGACUUGCAGUUAGCCGAUAAUUAUAUAGAGAAGAUCAAAACAGGAGAUCAUCCUAAAACUUUUCUGAGUUACGAAAAAAUUAUUAAUAAAUAUUUGGGGGUUCCAGCACAUAUUUAUAUUAAAAAGCCGAAAUCACCCCAUGAGAAUGCUGUUCGGCCAUUGACAGAAAGUUUUCAAGAACAACUCGCAAAAAAUAUUUCCUUCAUGCAGAUUUUGUCAGUUCGACUUUACAACAAGCUCAUGGGUCCUCUAUUCAAAGCAGGUGAAUUGCGUGCCAACUCUCUUAGGUUUUUGCAUGUGUAUGAUUCUAUGGUAGAAGCUCAAGAAUGUAAAGUGAGUGAAAAAUUAAUAACAGCAUUUGAUGACUGUGAAAUAUAAUCUUCUAUUAAUUUUACUACAGUAUUUUAUAAUGUAAUUUUUGUACAAUUUGAUAAAGUUAAAUCAUGGGUAUGUGCAAUAGACUGACUAAUUAUGUUAUGCAAUCUUUCUUAGAAUUAUAUUUUAACAAUUUGGUGACUGGCAAUGCUACUGAAAAUCUAUCUCAUGUCACCGGCUAUUAAUUUGUAAUAGGAUGUGGAAGUAACACAAUGAAGAUAAAUUUUAAUGAAUUUUAUUUUUUAUUCAGUUUUUAAUAUUUUAUCUUCAUAUUAUAAGCAGUAUAACAAUCAUCUACAAUGUAAUGGCACAAAAUAUCUUUUACAAAUACGUCUAGUUUUGGUCAACAACGUUUGGCCAGAAAAAUACGAUUUAACAUGUGGCCGGUCAUCAAAGUGUUAAUAUAAUAUAAUUAAUGAUAACUAUAUAUAUAUAUAUAUAUAUAUAUAUAUGUAAUUAGCCGCCAAUUCGUUGAAUUAAAAAAUGGGAUAAUAUUUUCACUUGUUCACAAUUUUUAUGUGUCAUUAUUUAGUAGUUCA